AUGUCGAACUGGCCAACACCAAGUGAAUUAAUGAACACUGAAUGUCAGAGUGUCAUCAGCCUAGGAAAUAAGAAGCCACAAAACAGAAAAGAAAGAGAAGACAAGGUUGAAAAGAGAAGUAACAGUGAAAGCAAAGAAAGCCGGGAAACAAAAUUAGAUGGUCCUGGUGAAAAUGUCAGUGAGGAUGAGGCUCAGUCAAGUAAUCAACGAAAGAAAGCUAAUAAGCACAAGUGGGUACCACUCCACUUAGAUGAUGUAAGACCAGACAGUCAAGAAAGACCAGGGUCCCGGAAUAGCUCAAGAUGUCAACCUGAAGCAAAUAAAUCACAUAACAAUAGGAGAAAUGACACACGAAGUUGGAGGCGUGAAAGAGAAAAGAGAGAUGAUCAAGAUGAAGUUUCCAGUGUGAGAAGUGAGGGUGGUAAUAUCCGAGGUACCUUUAGAGGCCGAGGAAGAAGCCGAGGACGGGGAAGAGGACGAGGCAGAGGAAAUCCUCGAUUGAACUUUGAUUAUUCAUAUGAUUAUCAAGAACAUGGUGAAAGGACUGGUCAGCCAUUUCAAACAGAACUUAAUACCAGUAUGAUGUAUUACUAUGAUGAUGGUACAGGCGUACAGGUGUAUCCUGUGGAAGAAGCAUUGCUUAAAGAGUAUAUUAAACGCCAAAUUGAAUAUUACUUCAGUAUAGAAAACUUGGAACGGGACUUCUUUCUUAGGAGAAUGAUGGAUGAGCAAGGUUUCUUGCCUAUUUCCCUGAUUGCUGGUUUCCACCGUGUUCAGGCUCUCACUACAAACCUUAAUCUCAUUUUAGAGGCACUGAAAGAUAGCACAGAAGUGGAAAUUAUGGACGAGAAAAUGAGAAAAAAGAUAGAACCAGAAAAAUGGCCAAUUCCGGGCCCUCCUCCACGUAGUGUGCCACAAACAGACUUCUCUCAACUGAUUGAUUGCCCAGAGUUUGUACCAGGCCAAGCCUUUGGUUCACAUACAGAGUCUGCCCCAAAUUCUCCAAGAAUUGGAAGUCCACUGAGCCUAAAGAAAAACACUGAAACAAGUAAUCUUCAAGCAAUGUCUAGAGGUUUGUCUGCCAGUUUGCCUGACUUGGACUCAGAACCUUGGAUAGAAGUAAAAAAGGGACAUUGUCCAUCCCCAGUGAAAUUGAAGGAAUCACCACCUCUACCUGAAGAGGCAUCAAAUCAACUGUAUCUUCCAGAUGAACAAGAACAAGAAGAACUUGAUUUUUUAUUUGAUGAAGAGAUGGAACAAAUAGAAGGGCGAAAAAACACAUUUACUGAUUGGUCUGAUAAUGAUUCAGAUUAUGAUAUUGAUGACCAGGAUUUAAACAAGAUUUUGAUUGUAACUCAGACACCACCUUACAUGAGAAAACAUCCUGGAGGAGAUCGAACAGGCAACCACAUGUCUCGGGCAAAAAUUACACCUGAACUUGCUAAAGUUAUCAAUGAUGGCUUAUAUUAUUAUGAGCAGGAUUUGUGGAUGGAAGAAGAUGAAAACAAACACACAGCUGUAAAGCAAGAAGUUGAGAACUUUAAGAAGCUAAAUCUCAUUAGUAAAGAGCAGUUUGAAAACCUAACACCUGAACUUCCUUUUGAGCCAAACCAAGAAGUUCCUGUAGCACCUUCACAGUCCAGGCAAGAAGAUGUUUAAGGAAUGCUAUGCAUUCCCAGGGAAAAUUUGACUGAUGAAUUAGCUCAGAAGUUGUUUGAUGUUUCAGAAAUGUCUUCAGCAACAAUGGCCCAUUCAUUACCCACAGUAGUUCCAGAAUCUCCUAGAAUUUAUCCUGCAAGGACACCCAAAACACCUCGAGCACCUAGAUUACAAGAUCCAAACAAAACACCAAGAUUUUAUCCUGUUGUUAAAGAACCUAAAGCCAUUGAUGUAAAGAGUCCAAGAAAGAGAAAAACAAGACAUAGUACAAAUCCCCCUCUAGAGUGUCAUAUUGGUUGGGUAAUGGAUUCCAGAGAUCAUGGGCCAAGAACAUCAUCUGUCAGCAGUUCAAAUGCUUCGCCUUCAGAAGGUGCACCACUAGUAGGAAGUUAUGGAUGUACUCCUCAUUCAUUCCCAAAGUUCCAGCACCCUUCUCACGAACUUUUGAAGGAAAAUGGCUUUACCCAACAAGUGUACCACAAGUAUCGUAGAAGAUGCCUAAGUGAGAGAAAACACUUGGGAAUUGGCCAGUCCCAAGAAAUGAAUACCCUCUUUCGUUUCUGGUCCUUUUUCCUCAGAGAUCACUUCAAUAAAACAAUGUAUGAGGAAUUUAGACAACUUGCUUGGGAAGAUGCAAAAGAAAAUUACAGGUAUGGAUUAGAAUGUCUGUUCAGGUUUUAUAGUUAUGGACUGGAAAAAAAAUUCAGACAAGAAAUUUUUAAGGAUUUCCAAGAAGAAACCAAAAAAGACUAUGAAUCUGGUCAGCUGUAUGGAUUAGAAAAGUUUUGGGCUUACCUAAAAUAUUCUCAAUCUAAGACACAGUCUAUUGACCCCAAACUUCAGGAAUACCUCUGUAGCUUUAAGAAGUUGGAGGACUUCCGUGUUGAUCCCCCUAUAGGUGAGGAAUUUGGAAGAAAAAGACAUUCAUCUACUUCUGGUGAGGCGAGUAAUCAUCACAGACUUCCAUCUGAUUUCUCUACAAAGUCACCGAGUGCUGCUAAGCCUAUACCUGACAAUCAGCUUCGGGUCCUAACAAACUCUCCCAGAAGGAAUACUUCACAGCAGUCCAAUGACAAUUCACACCAGAACAGUGCUGCCUCAGUCUCAACACAUGGUGAACUGCCUGAGAAAUAGACUCUUAUGAAAGUUGUUUGCCCUUGAAAUCAACAUUUACGUCAGUAUUUAUUGGGGGAAAUCCUCUGAUGUUUAAUUGUGAUAAUCAGAAAAAAGAAAAAGGAAGAAAAAUGGCAGCAUUUUUUUCUAGAAAGAUAAAUUCUAAAAACGUUUUCCCUGAUUUCACGAAUAAGUAUAAUUUUGGUAACCUUUUAUAGAGAUCCUCUAGUAAUAUAUUUUGGUCUCAAAUAUAUAUUUGAAAUAAUAUAUUCCGUUUUCAAAGCCAUUGUUUAUAAGAACAGCAUUCCUUAAAUAUAUACAAAAACAACACAAGGAAUGCCUAACAUUUCAGCUCAUACUUCUUAAAGAAGAUAUAGUAUGUUAUAGUCAUCUAUUCUAUAGAGAUUUCUUAAAGAAUCCAAUGACCCCACUGUCAAUUCAUAUUUGAACUUAUCAAAAACAAAGGACAAUUAUGUAUAUGUUUUUUAAAUUCAGAAAAAGAAUGUGAAAUGAUACAUUUGCUUUUCUUUUAGAUUUAUAGUUUAAAGAAAACUUUUUUUAUUUUUACAAAAGUAGAAAUAUAUUGCAGUUAUAUUGAAGUAUAUGCACUUUGGACGUUGGGUUUUGCCUUUUUCCCCGUUAGUCAUACCUCAUGAUUUCCAUAGUUAUUGUUGUGUUGGUAUGGAGUGUUCUGAAUUGGCAUUAGCCAGUUACAUAUUAGAAGAGAUUUACUUUUUGUGACUAUAUAAACCUGCACAAGUAAUUGAAAACUGAGUUGGGAUUGGUUGGAAUACUGUUCUAAAUUAGUUAAAUCUUGCACUGUUUUGAAUGCAUUUGCUGUUUGUACAUCUGCAGGUGUGUAUGUCACAAGUAAUCAGAUUAUCUUCAGUUUAAAAGGAGUACCUUUUUGUGUCUUUUACUUUUGUUUUAUGCUUAUAAAAAGUGUUUUCAAGAAACAAAUUGACUUCUAAUUUUUAUUGCUGUUGCAACUGAUGUAAAUGAUAGUUUCAGUUUUUGUGGGAAUUAAAAUAAAGCACUUAUUCU